CAAUCGUGCCACUGGGCGGAAUGUGCAAACUACAGCGAGGUACCCUGAUAGUCUCGCCCGUCUGAGCAUCUCCUCUGGUGCGCAAUGGAUAUUUUGUAUCGGACGCUAGUGAAUUAAUUGUUGCCUGGUAUACAUCAAUGUCGAUGUUCCAUCUCUUUCCUCGUUUCGUUUCGCGCUUCCUUUCGUAAUUUUGAGACAUCCUUACCGCAAAUAUGGCUGCCGUACAGAACCCGAUGGCGUGCACGUGGCGGAACAAAGAUCCCAAAACAUGGGAUUGGAAGACAAGGGCAAUCUCUCGCAUGGACCACUGGCACAACGACGAUAACACCUUCCCAAUAUUCCAAAAGACAGAUAAGAUCCGAUGGAUGGACCAAUGGUCUGUGAACCGCUGGAUCUUGAUGCAUGCAGCCUGGCCUGUCGCUAUUCACGCGGCUUACAACUACUUGCUGGGAUGGGUGAUUGGGCCACUGCCUUCGAUCCUCGCGUUUGGCCUGUACUUGGUUGGAGCCUUAGUCAACCUGCUUUUCGAAGUGCGCUGCCUGGGAAUGAUGGCACAUGAGACAGGAUUCCUUGACGGAGACAAGCAUUCUCGUGACAAGGUGCCCGACGUAGGAAUCGGCAAAGUUCUCUCCAGCAUUAUUGCCAUUGUCAACGUCCGGUCCGCAUUGAUCGUGGCUCUCACAUACCGGAGACACGACCCGAUUGCGUUGAGCUGGUGGAUUCCCGCGGAGCUCUUCCUCUACCCGAUCCUACUCGAUUUUUACUUCUACAUCUACCACCGUGCGACACACGAGAUUGAUGGUCUAUGGAAGUACCACCGGACUCAUCACCUCACCAAGCAUCCUAGCCCGAUCUUGUCCUCGUACGCAGAUGUCGAGCAGGAGUUCAUCGAGAUGGCAUUGGUGCCUUUCCUCACUUUUGUCACCCUCAAGCUGAUGGGGUUUCCCAUGGGCUUUUACGACUGGUGGCUCUGCUCGCAGUACCAACUGUAUACUGAGGCGGUGGGUCAUAGUGGGAUCAGAAUCGCCAUGUCCGCGCCUGGAAUGUCCGGAUGGUACCUUGGAAAGGUUGGAUGCGAACUUCUGCUCGAGGAUCAUGAUCUGCAUCAUCGGCAGGGAUGGAAGAAGGCCGGCAACUAUGGAAAAGCGACAAGGUUGUGGGAUCGCAUUUUUGGUACAUGCCUGAACAGGAUUGAGUCGAAGCCCGAGCAGGUGGACUACCAAAAUCCCGUCAAAAUGUGUUGGCUGUGAGUGUUUUGCUUACUUGAAUAGAAGCCUUGUCGUGUUGUUUCCCAAGGUUAUCUUAUUAUUAUCUUGAUUUUCACAAUCUUUAACAACAUCCUUACAUUCUAAAUUCUGC